GGUGCCGUCAGACCUCAGAGAGGAAGAAGAAGAAGAAGAAGAAGAGUAACAUCGCGAGAGUUCGGACACAAGCUAGCGGAUGCUAACGGCUGCUAACUCUAUGUGUCACUAUUUUCUCCGUCGCGUCAUUUUUCAGAUUCCAAACAAAACAUCAGCCGUGAGGUUAUAAAGAUGUGACGUCAUUCCCGGUGUUGUCAUGGCGACGAGGACUUACGCUUGAGUCACUAGCGUGAAUCAGAGGAGGCUAACAGAGAACUUCGCAGGAGCGUGUGCUGCGCCGCGGAUCAGAUGGCGAAGGGCAAGUUUUUCUACGCGGUGCAGAAGGGAUUCAAACCCGGAGUCUACAAGUCCUGGGAUGAAUGUAAGAGUCAGGUGGAAAAAUUCCCAUCUGCCUCUUUCAAGAAGUUUGCAUCAGAGCGAGACGCCUGGGCGUUCGUCAGAGGAGUGGAACUCUCCUCCCCUCCAGAGGUGAAGAACGCAGCUCAGAGUUUUGAGCCGGCUGUCGCCCUUCUUCCUAAAAGAGGCCCAGAGCCUCUGGAGUACAUCCCUCUGGGUAAGAAGAGAUGCCACUCAGAUGAGGAGGUGGUGCCCCCCCCCAAACGAGUCAAAGAGACAGAAAGCUCCUCUUCACAAAACUCAGAUGGAUUCACAUACAUGGGUGACGCUGUGGUCGUUUACACUGACGGCUGCUGCGCAGGAAACGGAAAACGCAUGGCCCGAGCCGGCAUCGGAGUCUACUGGGGUCCCAACCACCCACUGAAUGUUGCAGAGCGACUUCACGGAAGACAAACCAACCAACGGGCAGAGUUACGGGCUGCCUGCAAAGCACUGCAACAAGCUAAAGAGAAGAACAUCAAGAAGUUGGUUCUUUACACCGACAGCAAGUUCACGAUCAACGGUGUGACCAAGUGGGUGAAGAACUGGAAGCUGAACGGCUGGAGACUGAAAUCUGGAGGUGAAAUCAUCAACAAAGACGACUUUGUGAAGCUCGACAAACUGAACGCAGAGCUGGAGGUGGUCUGGGUAAAUUCCAACCCGGACUUA